CUCCCUUCAAUCCAAAAUACAGAAGCCAAUUUUUGGACAAAUGUGGCGACCAGUUCCGGGUGUACCCUGCCUCUCGCCCAGAGUCAGUUAGGUUAGCCGACCCCACUGAGGAUAAGCGGUACGGAAAAUGGAUGCAUGUAAUUUGACACUGCAUUGUUACAAUUUAUCUUUUUGGGAAAACAAAUAUAUUCAUGUUGUACCUUGCUAACAGGUUCCAUGCAGACAAAAAAAAAACAUUCUAAAAUGUGUUUUAAAAAAAAUAAUAUUCCAAUAUAACGUAAAUGUUGCUUAUAUCUCGAAAAAAUAUGUAUUGUAUUAAAUAUAUUUCAUAUUAUUACAUAUCAAUUGCUGUUUACAAAUGAUUAAUUCCAGUUUCCAUGCCUUAAAAAUAGAGAGGAAAUAUAUACUGUAUGUCCUUUAGCAAUCUUAUAUUAGAAUGCUCAACUCUACUAUUACCAUUUAAAGUUUUUCUUAGAAUACAUAAUUAAGGCAUAAAACAAGCGGAAACUUGACAGUUACAUUUUCUCUUUGGUUUUGUCAAGUUUCUCUCUGGUGUAUGGCAUGGAAUCCUAAUUAAUGUCAUUUUGAAUGCAUGCACGCUGAAAAAAAAACGUCAUUUUCUGUUGCACGCGAUUAAAAUGUGGUAAACUGAUGUAAAUUUCUUGUCUUUUCUUCAAAAAUUACCAAAUGAUUCAUGUUAGUUUGACACAUUUUAAUCAUGUACCCGUAAGUGUUCCAAUUAAGUAAAUAUAUUGUAUAUAUUUCCUCAUAUUUGUCUAUAUUAAAAAAAAAAAUCAGAAGAAAGCGAAAAUGUUACAUGAAGACAAUUUUUGGCUUUCAACAAACACACGCCAAAGUGGUCACCCUGUUGUACAUAAAUGUUGUGUUAAUGAAUUAUAAUCACAGGUUCGUCUCCAGCGUAGAAGCGUUUCUGGACGAUCUGGCUCGGCAACACGAGCAGCUGUUCGCUGGGCUGUGAUUGAUAGGACCGCGGGCCUGAAGAAUUUGCAUAUAGCAGCAAUAGAAGCAACAACAGGAGCGUGCAAAACACACACACGCGUACACAAAGAAUCCAGUGGAUGGUGAGGGAGCUCUGCUGGAGUCUGUAGGUGGUGAUGUGCGACGUAGUGUGAAGGCCGACAAAAGUUUGCCGCAUUUGAGGGAAUGUCUUCUUCACACAGAACGGAGGAUGGACACGGUUGGGAGGAGGAAGCGGAGCAACUUGAACCUCCUUUGCCGCUCAAGUCUGACGAGGAUGAUGGUGGGGCCUGGCCUUUCUUGCCACUCGCUCACCACUAUGUGCACCGCACACAUGACUUCCACCCUGAGAUGUGUCAUGACUUGAGUCGCCACUGUGCUCUGUGCUGCCAUCAGCGAAGAAGCCCCGGACCACCCUCCCAAAACUGGCUACGGAGCCAGGUGUCGCCGAGCGUCUCGGUGAACGUGCCGCACUUCUUUGUGCCGCCUGAAGAGCUCGUGUCGAGAGUCAGCGGUGUGACGACGACAACGGCGGCGGUCUCCUCGGCGGCGGUCUCCUCGGCGGCCUCGCACCCACACCAGAGACGACGAAGCCUGCCAAAGGAGUCGAGAAACAUCUUCAUCACCUACUCCUCGGACUCGUCUUGUGAGAUGAUCGGCCUCGUUGACUUCCUGUCCAAACAUGGCUUCCAACCUGCCAUGGACACAGUUGACAGGCCCCGUACAAACGUGGACAUCAUCACUUGGGAGCACGCUUUCAUUAAAGACCAGCCAUCCACCCCCAUCAUUGUGGCUAUCAGUCCGCGCUACAAAGCAGACAUUGAAGGCUGUGCUGUGCACACACGCGGUUUGCACACUAAAUACAUUUACUCCAUGAUGCAGCAUGAAUUCAUCCAACAGGGCAGCUUGAACUUCCGGUUCAUCCCUGUGCUCUUCCUCGAUGCCUCCCAGGAGGACGUUCCGGCUUGGCUUCAGAACACGCGUGUCUACCGCUGGCCGCGGGACACGAACGACCUGUUGCUGCGACUGCUGAGGGAGGAGAGGUUUGUUCUUCCUCCGGUGCCCGUGGAGCUCACCCUCAUCAUCACACCUGUGGCUACCACAUCUUAAAUCCUACCAUAAUAGCUCUAUAUGGAUCUUUCAAGAAUUGGAAGACACUUUAGGAACCAACAUUUUUUUUUUUUUAAAUGGCCAUUAAUAUUACCGUAAUUUUAUAAUGCGCACCCAUGUAUAAUACGCACCCCCAAAGUUGACCUAAACAUUUUUGGAAAACCCUUCUGCCUAUGUAUAAUGGAUUUUUACCAUGCAUGAUUUCACUUCUACCCAUAUGAUCAAAACAUGAAGUAUUAUCUGUAUUUUGUUAGUUUUUUCAAAAAAUUAUUCUGAAGUUCAGCAUUUUAUUUGAACACAUAAUACUCUCUUUUUAUUUACUUGUUAUUAUUUUUGCGGCACGGUGGACGACUGGUUAGAGCGUCAGCCUCACAGUUCUGAGGACCCGGGUUCAAUCCCCUGUCCCGCCUGUGUGGAGUUUGCAUGUUCUCCCCCGUGCCUGCGUGGGUUCUCUCCGGGCACUCCGGUUUCCUCCCACAUCCCAAAAACAUGCAUGAAUUGGAGACUCUAAAUUGCCUGUAGGCAUGACUGUGAGUGCGAAUGGU